ACCCGCCGACGGGGGUCACGAUCUAACAAAGCGCCGUGGGCUUUUGAGUGAGGGCUUUGUUUGGGUUGCUCUGCGGAGGGAGGGACCGCCAUGGAUGCCGAAUCGCCACCACCGCCAGCCCCCCCAAAUGCUCCGAUUGAAAAACUAGGGCUUGAGAAUCCGAUCGCUGGGGAGAUGGUCUCCGAUGCGAUUGCGGACCAGCCUGUCAUGUCCGAUCAGUCUCAAUCACUUGAAAGUGCUCCUGACGGGGGGAGUGAUACUCUUCCGGAGGGGGGAAGUGUUGGCGUCGACGAGGAGGAGGAAUUGCGAGAUGCAAUCGAGAGGGAUUUGUGCAAGUUGACGAUUGAGCAGGCUGAAAUCGAGUGGGGCCAACGGAGAUUGGAAGCUGUUGACGGUAUAGAAGAAGAGAAGAAUGCGGAACCAUGGAGAACGGAUGACGUUGAUGCAAAUGUUGAUGAUAGUGUUGAGGACGAACAACAGGAGGACGAGCCUGAAGGAGGGGCACUAGGAGACGCGGCGAACAAUUUGGGAAUAUACAAUCAAAGUUAUAACAGGAGGAGUUUCUAUCCUUCGAGGCCUGAUGCAGAGAAUUGCGCAUUUUAUGUGAAAUUUGGAUCCUGCAAAUUCGGGCCACAGUGCAAGUUCAAUCACCCCCCUCGGAGAAACGACCAGGGUAUUAAAGAGAAGGCAAACUACAAGGCAGAGAACUCAGGGAGGGCAGGGCAGAUUGAAUGCAAGUUUUACCUUUCGGCCAGUGGAUGCAAAUACGGAAAGGAUUGUAAAUACUCUCAUGGUUCACCCAAAAGCUUGACUCCACAUACUCCUGACCUCAACUUUUUAGGAUUGCCAAUUCGACCAGGAGAAAAGGAGUGCCCUUACUACAUGCGGACUGGAUCCUGCAAAUAUGGGUCGAACUGUAGGUUCCAUCAUCCUGAUCCCACCUCAUCAGCUGGAGGUGACUCCUCGGGAUAUGGCAAUGGCGGGACUGUUCCAUCACAACUUGUUUCCUCACCAUCUGCCUCUUCAUGGUCUUCUCCAAGGGCAUUUAAUAAGGCUCCUCCAUUUGUAUCGGAAAUGUUCUCCAUGCCUCAUGCUGCCCCUUUCUCUAAUCCUGAGAGGAAAGGGUAUCAGGCCUCAUCGUCUGAGAAGACCUUGCCUGUACCGCCAGCUUUUACCAUGAGCAACAGUAUAGAGAUGCAGCAGCACUUCUCUUCCCCUGUAGCCGAAGAUUGCUACCCUGAGCGGCCCGGCGAACCAGAAUGCAGUUUCUACAUGAAAACAGGAGACUGCAAAUUCAAAUACAAUUGCAAGUUCCAUCAUCCCAAGAAUCACACCUCCAAGCCAAAGCCAAACCAACAUUCUCUCAACCACAAGGGCCUACCUCUUCGACCGGAUCAGCCGGUUUGCACUCACUAUCAUCGCUACGGGAUCUGCAAGUUCGGACCAGCUUGUAAAUAUGAUCAUCCCUCUCAGUUUGCGGUAUUGCAGGCUCGCCCCUUCUGAUCAGUCUAUCGCCUCGCCCAAUGCUAACCUCAGAUUGGAACACAAAGCCCCUCCUCCCUCCACCUUUUGAACUAGACUUGCAAGUUUUCAACUCUUUUUUAUCUUUUUUGUUUUGGGCUUUCACAGACGCCUAAUUGUACUUUGGAAACGUUUUAAGCAGAACUAACUACACUUCAAAUAAUUAUAUUUAUUUGAAACAACUAGAACGGAGUUUGGCUAA